AUGGCGAUGAACCUGUGUGGAAAAGGAGAUAAGACAAAAGAUGGGCCAAAGGCACGGAAGGACCUAGAGUUCUUCAACCAGAAGUGCUUAGACAACAACAUGUUAAGACUCUCGUGUGUAUACUUCACAAGGGAGUCCUUCCGCCUGAAAGAACCACACGUUGCCAUCGCCGAUCCUCUCCUGUUCAGUAAAGCAACCAUCGGUCUAGAAGAAUGGAAACGGGGUUUGAGAGAGAAGGCAAUUUCAUACCUAGCUAAGUUCUUCGCAAUGCACAAGCAACGCCGUUAUGUUCUUACACUCUACCAUUUAGACGAACAUUCGGUGGUGGUGGCCUUCUCUUUCAAAGAAGCGUUGGCGACGUAUCUUGAUCCACUCCGACAGAAGAAAGGCCAUGAGCCGCGCGACUUCAAAGCCGUCGGAACACUCUUCGAAGAGGCGUGGAAAAAGGCGGUGACUGACUAUGAGUUGCCAAGCUACGGCAGGAAGAAAAUAACCUAUCACAGGAACUUCGCAUGCAUACAACAGCCGCAAGGUACGGUCUUCUGUGGAUACUACUACGCGUACAUCAUCCGCAAUUGGGUCACCAAUUUCAAGCCCAAGAUGAAGACGACCUACCAGCAGAUGGUGGAUUACUUUAAGACGGAAUCAGAAUAUGGAAACAAAGUCCCAGCUGUUCUUGUGUUCGAUAUUCAGAGGGUGAUAGCCACCAUUCUCAACAAAGAGGUCCUGAAGGAAAACGGUGAUUUUUAUGAAGGCGGGGUUGUGCCGAUGUAUUGA